AUGGGGCGUGAUGAAGACGGUCACGGCGAUAGCCGAACGCGCCGCGAUCAUGACGACGGCCGCAAAAACCGCGACGAACGAGAACACAGGUCACGGCGGAGGUCACCGGGCUACGAUGAAGAUCGCGAUAGACGUCGCCACAGGUCUUGGGAGCGACGCCGCUCGAGGACGCCAGAGUCCGCAGGCAGGCCUGGCCGCGACCACCACAGAAGCCGACAUCGAGAUGGGAGCCGCGACCGAGACAAGCGCGACCGACGUCCAGACGACGAUGGAAAACACUCAUCCCGUCGGCGACGUGAUAGAGAUGGUGACCAUGUCAGGUCCAAGGAGAAGAGCAGAGUCAGCCCUAUUCGGCGAGGCGGGCCUCUCCCGUCGCAGGAGGCGUCGUUUGCUGUGACUCGAGGGGAGGAACCCGAAAAGCCCAAAGAAAAGGCAAACUUUGGCCACACGGGGCUCCUAGCUGCUGCCUCCAACUCGGUGACGCAGGCGGACGGCUCAACCGUCACACUCAAGUAUCACGAGCCAUCCGAGGCGCGUAAGCCUCCACCGCGGGACCAGUGGAAGCUCUACGUGUUCAAGGGCCAAGAUAUUGUGGACACGGUCGACCUGAGCGCGCGGAGCUGUUGGCUGGUGGGCCGGGAUAUGGCCGUCAUCGAUCUGCCGGCCGAGCAUCCCAGCAUCAGCAAGCAGCACGCGGUCAUUCAGUUUCGCUACACGGAGCGGCGCAACGAGUUUGGGGACAAGAUUGGCAAGGUCAAGCCUUACCUGAUUGAUCUCGAGAGCGCCAACGGGACCAUGCUCAACGGGGUCAGGAUACAGGACAGCCGUUACCUCGAGCUCAGAGACAAGGACAUGGUGCAAUUUGGGCAGAGCACACGCGAAUAUGUCGUCAUGUUGGCGCCGCGAGAGUAG